GUGCCUUUAAAUUGCUGCUUUCAGAGGGUGCAUCUAGGGGGAUGUGGGAGGGAGAGAAACAUCUUUCUACCGGUCUCCUUCCUCCCUCCCCUCAAAGACUCUCCAGGGUUUGGAGAAUGAUUGCUACCCAAAGAGAAUCUUUUCUGGUUCCCUGACCGGCAGGCUGAGGCUCUUCUCAGUCUAAGACAAGCUCAAGCCGGAGCUAGUAGGGUUAUCUGUGUCAGGUUCAGAUCUAUUCAGGGGAAUAGUUCUAGACCCUGACUGCUAAGGACAGGGCAGAAAAGAAGCAGGAGAGGAAAGCGCUCAACUCCUAGCCCAGCCACACAGGCUCCUUAUUCCAGUCCAAGUUGGAGGAGGGCUCUAUACUGUUGGCUUUCCCACAGGGAUACCUGCUCUCACCUUGGCAGCUAAGCUGAGAAAGGACUCCAAGGUCCCUGCAGAAUGACAACUCUUGUUCCUGCAAGCCUCUUCCUUCUUCUCUGGACUUUGCCAGGGAAGGUUCUCCUCAGUGUGGCUUUGGCAAAAGAGGAUAUCAAAUCUGGGCCCAAAGGAUCUCAGCCCAUGUCCCCCUCUGAUUUCUUGGACAAGCUUAUGGGACGAACAUCUGGAUAUGAUGCUAGAAUUAGGCCCAAUUUCAAAGGUCCACCUGUGAAUGUGACCUGCAACAUCUUCAUCAACAGUUUUGGCUCCGUCACUGAGACCACCAUGGACUACCGGGUCAAUGUCUUCUUGCGGCAGCAGUGGAAUGACCCACGUCUGGCCUACCGAGAAUAUCCAGAUGACUCUCUGGACCUAGACCCAUCCAUGCUCGACUCUAUCUGGAAGCCAGACCUCUUCUUUGCCAAUGAGAAAGGGGCCAACUUCCAUGAGGUGACCACAGACAACAAGUUACUGCGCAUCUUCAAGAAUGGGAAUGUUCUCUACAGCAUCAGAUUGACCCUCAUUUUGUCCUGCCCAAUGGACCUCAAGAACUUCCCAAUGGACAUCCAAACCUGCACAAUGCAACUGGAAAGCUUUGGCUACACCAUGAAUGACCUCAUGUUUGAGUGGCUAGAAGAUGCUCCUGCUGUCCAAGUGGCUGAGGGGCUGACUCUACCCCAAUUCAUCUUGCGGGAUGAGAAGGAUCUAGGUUAUUGUACCAAGCACUACAACACAGGAAAAUUCACUUGCAUUGAGGUAAAAUUUCACCUGGAGCGGCAGAUGGGCUACUAUCUGAUUCAAAUGUACAUCCCCAGCCUACUCAUUGUCAUCCUGUCCUGGGUCUCCUUCUGGAUCAACAUGGAUGCAGCCCCUGCUCGUGUAGGCCUUGGCAUCACCACUGUCCUCACCAUGACGACUCAGAGCUCUGGAUCCAGGGCCUCUUUGCCUAAGGUGUCCUAUGUGAAGGCAAUUGACAUCUGGAUGGCUGUAUGCCUGCUCUUUGUAUUUGCUGCUUUGCUUGAGUAUGCUGCAGUCAAUUUUGUCUCUCGUCAGCAUAAGGAAUUUAUGAGACUUCGUAGAAGGCAGAGACGUCAGCGCAUGGAAGAAGACAUCAUAAGAGAGAGCCGCUUCUAUUUUCGUGGCUAUGGCCUAGGACACUGCCUACAAGCAAGGGAUGGAGGUCCAAUGGAAGGUUCCAACAUUUACAGUCCCCAACCUCCAACCCCUCUUCUAAAGGAGGGAGAAACCAUGAGGAAACUCUAUGUGGACCGAGCCAAGAGAAUUGACACCAUCUCCAGGGCUGUCUUCCCUUUUACUUUUCUCGUCUUCAAUAUCUUCUAUUGGGUUGUCUAUAAAGUGCUAAGGUCAGAGGAUAUCCACCAGGCGCUAUGAACAGGGUAGAGGCUAGAGUGU